AUGCUCUCUGAAAAAAUACGGCAACUGACGCUGGUGCUCGAGAAGCACGAGCUAGAGGCACCCGGCGGAAUUGUAUCUAUUCAGUUAUACUCCGAACUCUUUGCGGCCUACCUGUAUCAAAAUGAUCUUGCUAGUGCCCGAUUUCUAUGGAAGCGCAUACCGCAAAAUAUGAAAAACAGAAACGCGGAACUAGAGCAAAUGUACAAAGUGUACGUUUCGCUGUGGAAUAACAAUACUGCCGCAUUUUACAAGGCCAUCAACCACGACUGGUCGAAGCACGUGUCGGAGUUGAUGUUCGAGCUGAAAGAGAAAUUUCAACAGGAAACGAUCGCACUAAUCGGACGCGCGUACAGCUCCAUCUUCGAGAACGUGUUUGCCGAAAUGACCAACCAAACGCCCGACAUGAUCGAGGACACAUGCAAAUCACUCAAAUGGGAGAUCAUCCCUGGUCCGUUUCCCCGCCUGAUAGUACCGAAACGGACCGUCGACGAGAAGCCGAUCGUCGUUAGCUCCGAAAGCCAGCUCCACAGGUUGACCGACUUUGUGUCGUUCCUCGAGAACUGAGCGUUAGGUAAUGUUUAAUAAAUUAUGUCGUCAGUAAAUUGGAAAUAAA